CAUUCCUCGGUUGGCUUUGGCUAACGUACGCAAAAUGGCACCCUCCGCGUUGCGCGUCGCGUUGUUGGCGUCCACGGCUGCGUUCGCCCCACGAACGCGCUUGCCUCGCGUGAGGGGCAGCGCUGCUCUCUCGGUGAGCAGGCCGACUCCUACAGCCCCACCUGCUGCCAAUCUUGGCCUCAGGCCACCGACCGCGCCGCGCGUUCCCCGAGCGACGCGCUGGCGACGAGCCCUGCGCGUGCUCGCGGCGAACGCGCUGCUCGCCGUCGUCCUGCUCUUCGCGCCGCCGGCGCACGCGAAGGGCGGCGGCGGCGGCGGAGGCGGAGGCGGAGGCGGAGGCAGAGGCGGAUCCUCGUCGCGUUACCUCAGCCUGUCGCAGCUCGGCUGGCGGUGUUACAUGGACGAGGCGGGCUUUCCCUGCUGGCACAACGCCAUCACGAACCAGCGGACCUGGAAGCGGCCCGCCCGGCGGAGGACGGCGCCGCCGGUCUUCUACGCGCCGUCGUUCGGCCACCUCGAAGGCCGUUCCGCGCUCGCGAGCCGGCCGGCGCGGAAUUAUGUCGUGGGGGGCGAUACGGUCGCGGCGGAGCCAUCCAACAACCUCGUAGGCUUGGCGUUCAUCGGAGUUUCCUUUCUCCCCUAUCUUGCGGUGGACGCGAGGUCGCGAAACGUGUACAGCAAGAAGCUCGACGAGUGGAAGAAUCUCACGCGGACGCUCGAACGUGACUUUGACGCAAGCGUGCAGCGACCGGUCUCCGGGCGGUACGAGGGCGCGAGCGUGGAGGACGCUGGAUGGGACCAAACGGUGGUCUCCGACCUACACUUCGGCGCGGACGGUUCUCUCACGGGCGCCGGCGUCGACGGUAAGGACGGGAGAUAUUCGUUGGCCGGCCGCUGGUCCGGCGACCGCUGCGCCUGGCUCGAGCGGUACCAAAAUUUCGAGGUCGCCGUGACCGGGACCGUCCGGCGGGACGGCCUCUUCAUCCGGUUCUGCUCGAGCCGUGGCAUUGGCGGGUCCGUGGACUUGAGGUUGAAGACUUAACUAGACUUUGUAUU